AUGGGCGUUCUCGAGCAGCAAUAUGGUAGUGCAAGUGCAAGUUCCAGUUCAAAGUCAGGGUACUCUACACCGAGAAGGAAACCAUUGUUGUUCCUCCAUGAAGAAUUACUGGAAGACGCUAAACAAGUUAUGUAUGAUCCCGUUGAAGGAAGCCUUAGUCCUUGCAAGUUACCUGAACUACAAUCCCCAGUACAAUGUAUAGCAUCUGCAUAUGGUUGGUUACUGCUUUUAUCAAGGAAAAGUCGGUGUUUCUUCUUCUUCAACCCGUUUACGCAUUCGAGAAUCAAUCUUCCAUACCCGAAGUUCAUGAUCAAUUCUGCAGUGUUCACUGAUCCACCUACAUCAUCAAGUUGUGUUAUUUACAUCUUUUAUACGAUAUGUCUAGAUGGAAGUUUCUACCGUUUAGAAAUGGAUGAUUUAAAGAAGGAGAACCCAAAGUGGAUUUACUGGGCAAAAACAAUUCUUCCGGUCAAGCAAGCUAUAUACAGUUAUGGCCAUGUGUAUUGUAUUGAUUCACUAGGAAAGUUUGGGCAUUAUGACAUCGGUACCCGUACUUGGACUGCAAGAGCGGUAACUAAUAUGUUUACAGUUCUUCGGAAUGCGUAUUUAGUGGCAUCUGGUGGAGAGGUUUUUGCAGUAACAAGAGAUCCGGGUGGUGAAUUUACUGGAGUUUUCAAGUUGAAGUUCAAGGAGAAUGAUCAGAAGAGAGUACGUUUAGAGAAGGUUACCAGUUUGGGUAACUUUACGUUUUUCGCAGGUCCAUGUGGUUCUUUUUCUACUUUCGUAAAAGGGAUGGAGAAUAAAGUCUGCAUUGCAGAUUACAAGGGUGAUCAGAAGUGUGCAAUCUAUAAUGUCGAAGAUGCUUCUAAAAAUAUUGUUCUUGAUGUCCCGGAAUAUGGUGUGGAUUAUACUCCCGUCUGGAUUCUAAAGCAUUGA